AUGGCGUUCGGGUCUUCCGAGGAUGUCUCCGCUUUCAAAUUAUUGCUCCUUCUGGGGGUCAUGUACGGACUCGUUUCGGCGCUGACCUACUCCGUCAUCCACAUGAAGUUCGUCAAACCUCUCGGGAACGACGCGCCGCUCGAUCGAUUCUCUGAGGGAAGAACCAUCCAACAUGUUCGAAUGUUGUCCCAAGAGAUCGACGGUCGUCAAGAAGGGCGUCCUGGUUUGAAAAAGGCAGCAGAAUAUAUUAAGGGUCAGUUGGAAGUACUAAAGGAGCGAGCUAGCUCCAAUGUCAGAAUUGAGAUUGAGGAAACUACUGUAAGUGGUUCCUUCAACAUGUUGUUUUUAGGCCACAACAUAGCUCUGGGAUACAGAAAUCAUACUAAUAUUAUCAUGAGGAUAUCAUCUGUGGAUUCUAAAGAUACUGAUCCAUCAGUUUUAGUGAAUGGGCAUUUUGAUAGCCCCCUUGGUUCCCCUGGUGCUAGUGACUGUGGUUCAUGUGUUGCAUCUAUGCUGGAAAUCGCAAGACUAAUAGUCGACUCUGGUUGGGUUCCCUAUCGGCCGGUUCUUUUCCUUUUUAACGGUGCUGAGGAACUUUUUAUGUUGGGUUCACAUGGGUUCAUGAAGACACAUAAAUGGCAUGACACAAUAGGAGCUUUUAUAAAUGUGGAGGCAUCUGGGUCUGGAGGGCCUGAUUUAGUUUGCCAAUCUGGACCCAGUUCUUGGCCUUCUAAUGUCUAUGCAGAAGCAGCAAUAUACCCUAUGGCUAAUAGUGCAGCUCAGGAUGUUUUUCCUGUUAUUCCCGGAGAUACCGAUUAUCGGAUAUUUUCCCAAGACUAUGGGAAUAUUCCUGGGCUUGACAUUAUAUUUCUCCUUGGUGGAUAUUUUUACCAUACCUCUUCUGAUACAGUAGAGAGACUAUUGCCUGGAAGCAUUCAAGCACGUGGAGAAAAUUUGUUUAGCAUAAUCAAGACAUUUACUAAUUCUUCUAAGCUACAGAACACCUAUCAGACAAAUUAUAGUGAAGUUACUGCUACUACAUUCGUUGAUGAGCGGGCUAUAUUCUUUGAUUAUUUUUCAUGGUUUAUGUAUGAUCUUCAGAAUUGGGCCCUCUUAUUUUUUUGCCACAUUCUUGGUCAGCAGCCUUUUGGAAUUAUAUUGGCAGUUGUUGUUCCUGUUGUGUUUUCUAUCCUUAGAUUACUGUUUUCUUCUCAGACAAUGAAUUGGUUUGCUCAUCCAUACUUGGCUUUCCUGAUGUUUAUACCCUGCGCACUUAUUGGGCUUUUAAUUCCUAGAAUUAUCUGGAGAUGCUUUCCACUUUCUCAAGACGUUCCAAAUGUCAAAACAUCGAAAAAGGUAUUGUGGCAUAUUGAAAUGGGUUCAACAAGACCAUUGUCAACAAUGUUUUACAUAUUACCUCUAGUUCCAUGUCUUGCAUAUUCUGUUUAUUUUGGUGGCUUUCUCGCCCAGUUUCUGAUAGAGAAGAUGGGAAUGAUGGGUUCUCUUCCGCUACCAUAUGGGCACUAUGUUCCUGAUAUAAUUGUGGCUGCAUUAAUUGGAAUUGUAACUGGUUGGUGCGCAGGCCCUCUAAUGCCCAUAUGUGGGCAUUGGUUAGCCAGGUCAUCCAUCUUGCAAUUUCUGCUUCAUCUUAGUGUGUUUGCUUUAGCGUUAACAUCUCAGUUCUUUCCUUACACCCCGUCUGCACCUAAGAGGAUUGUAUUUCAGCAGACUUUCCACACAACAGGCUCAAGUCAGAUUAUGGAAACCACUUAUGAUUUUUCUGUAACUGAUUCCAAUUCUUUACUUUUCCUUUUCAAACACUCACCAGAAGUGGCAAAGGAAUUGAAUGUUACUUCAGAGUUUUCAUUUGAAUCUGCAUCAUUGUCUAAAGGCAAUGAUUGGAUGGCAAUUUUUCCAGUUUCUUUUCUCUUUUCAAACAGUCUGAAGUUCCCUGCCAAAAAGGAUGACAUUUUGAAACAGUAUCAAUACUUUCCCGAAUUGUCUAUUCAAAAUCCAUCACUAAAUUCUGAAAAAGGACCAAGAAGAGUUCACUUGGAGCUUUCUUUAGGUUCCUUGCAAGAGGUCUGGGUUGCGGUUCUCAACAUCACUGGUCCUUUAUCAAGUUGGUCUUUUGCAGAUAAUUUGCUUCCAGGAACUGAAACAUAUGGUGGCGGUCCACCGUCAUAUAUAUGUCGUCUUAGUGGACCAAGUGAUGCUAAUUGGACCUUCUGGUUAGAGGCUAAUAGCUCUGAAGCAUUAAGAGUGGACGUAGCAGUUUUAGACCAAAAGUUGGUUGAUCCAGUGAAGAGAUUGAAGGAUCUUUUCCCAGACUGGGUUGAUGUUAUUGCUUAUUCUAGUUUUAUGUCUAGCUAUAUCCUAUAA